AUGAAGAUCUCCAUCCUCAUCUCGACUCUCGUUCUCACCCUCUGCGCUUCCGCCGCGCCCGCCGCCGAGCCGCAGACUGCCGUGUCAUGCUCGGGGCAGUACGUCUGUCGGAGGGCCAAGAAUCUUUACGUGGACCCUAUCGGCUGCCUCUGCCCUGCCACCCACCUCGCGACUAGCGUAUACGUCGUUCUCUUUGCGUUCUCUUUGCGUUCUCUGCUGCCGGAGCAAACCGUUGGGUUCGGAUGGAUCAAUCAUCACGCGGGCGGCGACAGCGACGGCGAUCGCGACAGUGAUGUCCCGGCAAGCGUGGCAUCAGGGUAA